AUGUCGCAACCAGGCAGAUACCACUCUUUACAACAUGUCUCGAAUACAGAGGCAGUAGCCAUACAACCAAAGACACAAGCAGAUAGGCUUCCAGUAAAGCUACCAGAAGGCGUUCAACCCGUAUCUGAAAGGUUGAAAGGGCGAGAAGACUACUCAACGUGGCGCUUUGAAAUAUGUCAAAUCCUGAAGAACGUCGGUCUACAAGACAUGAUCGACAAGGGUCUAUCCCAUCCUAGUACAAACCACACGAAUUACUGGCUAUGGCACCACCUGUCAAUCAACAUCCAGUCCUGGCUAGCUAGCCAGCUGUCAGACCCCCUAAAGAGGGCACUGAUGACGUCCCCUGACGCGCACGACUACGCGGACGAUGCCUACGAAGUCAUCAAAUCACUCGUCCUAGGCCACGGCCACACGCUUUGCCAAACAACGUACUUCGACCUCAUCCACAAACGCCGAUCCGACUACUCUACCGUUGAACAAUACGUGGAGGCGUUCAAACACGCAUACAACUUCGCUAAAGAGUUGAAAGUCGGGAUAUCACCAUACUGCGGGUUGCUACACCUGCUCAAAGAGCUGGAAUCCGACCUUCCAACGUGGGUGUCAACAGUGGAGUGCAAUUUGCCUGAUAAUGCUGCGGACACCCUCCAGGAGAAAGAGUUUCUAGUUUACUGCAGGACCGCAAUCGAACAAGCGAAGAACACUGGAAGCACCACCAAGUCGGGAAGCACUGCAACGACCUCAGAGUGGAAGAAAUCAACAUUCCCACCGAAAGGAACGACCCCUGAGGAACACGCUAGAAAGAUGCGAAACUUGAAGCCAGAGAUGACUAAGGGACGCUGCGCUUUCUGUAAGACACUAGGCCAUGGAGCAACCACCUGCUGGCGCUUGAAUCCUGACCUCCGGCCAGAGGAUUAUAGGCCUCGUAUAGAAGGCAUCUGGUGGUUCAAAGGAUCGAAGCCUAGCGAAGCAUCAAAUGCAGCGGUAGGCGAAAUAGGAUCCGAUGACGAAAACCCGUAUAUUUUGAAUUUUUCUGGCCUAGCCGUUGCAAACGCCACGAACACCUCGCUACGCUGGAUAUAUGAUACAGGCAGCUCACAGCAUCUAACACCUGACUGCGCUUCCCUAAGCGGUCUCCACCAAUUGAAACCCCACGAAUACUACCAAUAUGGCACCUCGAACGGGGGAAUCGGUGUUGCAAAAUCGGCAGGGUAUCUGACCCUGACCCUAGCUGCAAACGGCCAAAAUACGGUGUUGAAGAUCAAGGCCUACCACCAACCGGACCUACCCUACGGGCUCCUUUCUUCCAACCGCCUACGUACAGACCUUGGCAUCUACGCUACCACUAAGGACCUGACCCUACGCAGGGACCGGGAUGACAAGAUCGUCGGCCACCUGCAGGCAUCGAAAAACGUGCUUUUCGUCAGGACAAAAGACCCUGACCUAGCGCUAGCGGCAGUGGACCCCCUACUCUUGCACCGGCGAUACGGGCACGCAGGAUUCCGCCGAAUCGCUACCACUGCAAAGGAUCAUCAAAUUGAACUCGAACACAGGGACACCCUAGAGUGCGAAGCAUGCUCGCUAGGCAAGGCCACACGCCUCGUUUCAAGGGACCCAAUCCCAAAGACUAAUGAUCCAACACAGCUCUGGCAUGCAGACAUCCAAAAGGUGACCCCGAUUGGUCAUGGCGGAUUCAACUACUUUCUACUCAUGGUCAACAACGCUACUCGCUUAGUGAGGACGGCCAUGCUUAAACACAAAGAUGACGCCUCCGACGAGCUGAUCAGGAUGAAUAUGGAACACAAGAAUAUGGUCGGCCGAUACGUGGCCACCUGGCACCUAGAUGGUGGCCGCGAGUUCAACCGCUUUAGGAAAUGGGCGAAUCAUGCAGAGCGAGGCAUUCAAAUCAAAAUAUCACCUCCUCGAACACCCGAAGCCAACGGCCUAGCUGAACGAUACGGCGGCUUGCUCAACCGAAUGAGCAGGGUCAUGAUACUAGAUGCUGGCCUCCCUGCUCACCUCUGGCCGUACGCUGUACGCCUCUCAGCGCAGAUCCUGAAUCGCCUCGUCCCCUACCACAGCGCUGUCAGGAAGACCCCCGUGUUCCUAUACAGAUCCCACUACAACCUCCCGAAUCCUAACGCGUCACUAGACUUCCUACGCGUAUUCGGAUGUCGUGCCUACCAACACAUCCCGCAGGAAGAUCGAGUCGCAUCCCAGAAAAUGGGACCUCGUGCAAAAGUCGGAUACUUCGUCGGUUUCGAUGGGGACAACGGACACGUUUACUACGUGUGGGAUCCUAUAUCUGAUAAAAUUAAACGAUCACGAGACGUUAAAUUCAACGAAGAUCGAACCUACAAGGAUGACAAGGAGGAUCCCGGUGGAGUUCCUACACGCGAACCUGACCCUAAAGGACCAACACCAGCUGGCCCAGGUGCCGCGCUCAAGUUAGACAACGCGUUCCUGCACCAAACAACCAAUAUAUCAGAUAACACGAGGGCCCUGAUUGAGCAACCGGACCCUGAAGAAGACGUCAUCCGAGGCAGAAUCCACACCAUAUCUGCCUCCGCAGAGCCUCCACCUACACGCUCGAUCGAGAAUGCCACAGAAUACGAGGCAUCCUCAACGAAAUACGCCGCGCAGGACUACCGCCUGCCGGACCCUACUGAGCCAGAAGAACAACCCAUACUGAGGCGCUCCGCAAGGACCACUAAAGGCAAAUCAUCAACAUGGCCAGAUUACCAACAACUGGCCACGGUUGACCGGGUGACCCUACCCCACCUCAAACAACACGAAGUGGUCGUUCCGAACACCUACAGCGAAGCGAUGAAGUCCCCGCUGGCACCAUACUGGAAAGAUGCUAUGGAUACACAGAUCGAUAAGAUACAGAAUAUGGGCACCUACGAGAUCGUGAACCGACCUCCAACCGCUCGCGCAAUCCCAGGCAAGUGGGUGUACGACCUCAAGGUCAACACUGACGGAUUCGUCACCCAAUUCCGUGCUAGAUGGGUAGUCUGCGGCAACCGCCAGAUACCAGGCAUCGAUUACGACGAAUCGUUCGCUCCUGUCGCCAGCGAAGCGGCCCUGAAGCUAUUCAUGACGAACGUCGCUAUAAAAGAUCUUGAAUGGGAACAAUGUGAUAUAGUAUCUGCUUAUCUACACGCGCAGAUACAGGGCAAACGCGUGUUCAUGAAACAACCUACCGGAUACCAUGAAGGACCACCGGAUCAGGUGUGCCUAUUAAAGAUGGCCCUCUACGGCCUCCGCCAGGCGGCCCACCUCUGGCACCAAACGUUUGACGAAACACUUAAAAGAAUCGGUUUCGAACCACUGAGGGAGGAUCCCUGCGUAUACAAAAAGGGUGAUAUCUGGUUGAUUAUUUAUGUUGACGACUCCGCUAUCGCUGGCCCCAGGAAGGAAGACCUAGCCGAGGUCAAACAACACCUAAACAAGGCAUUUGGCCUGAAGGAAAUGGGGGAACCAAAGGUUCUACUAGGAUGCAACGUUCAACGUGACUACCAAGCAGGCACGAUAUCACUAUCCCAACCAACGUACGUGGAGGAGUGCCUCAAUGCAGCGAACCUAGGAUCCUGCACCCCCUCCGCCAUUCCGAUGACCGUUGCCUACAAAAAGUCAGAUCGCUCGAAUAUGACUACCGAAAACGUCAACCUAGCCGAAUAUCAAAGCCUUGUAGGGCGUUUGAACUGGCUAACCACAAAGACCCGCCCCGAUAUACGUCAUGCAACGUUUAGACUUCAAAGGCGCAUGAACACUCCCACUACGGCCGACGCUAAAGCAUUGAAAAUUGUAUACAGAUAUCUGAAAAGGUCCAUCCCGUACGGGAUCACCCUCGCCACUGACCAUACCAAAGGCAUCGAAGUCUUCGUAGAUGCCGCCCACGCUGACCACGAAGACGGCAAAUCAACGGAGGGAUACGUCAUCUUCUACGCUGGCGGCCCAAUCAGCUGGUCAUCCAGGAAGCAAUCGCUAGUUGCACCGUCAUCUACGGUAGCAGAAUACUGCGCGUUUGACUCCGCCGCCAAAGAAGCCUUGUAUAUAAAGAAAUUGGUUGAAGCGUUUGACCUCAAGGCCUCCGUUGACGGCAGGAUACCCUUGUACACCGACGCCGCCAACUCCCUACGGAUCCUGAACCACGGAGGCUACACCAGGUCCACUAGAUGGCUCGAUAAUCGUUACCUAUUCGUAGCCGAUCUGAUCACGAAGAACGCUAUCACCAUUCAACACAUCCCAGGGACCACCAACCCGGCGGACGGCCUCACCAAGCCGCUUGAUAACGAAUCGUUCAAAGCGUUCAGGCACCUCCUCGGAAUGACCCCCAUCUCCUCCCCGAACCUGCAUCCAGGGAACACCGGUUGA